CGGUCGGAAGUCGGGCGGUCAGCUGGUACGGCUCGGUAAAGAUGGCGGCAGAGGCUGAAUACGAGUCGGUGCUAUGUGUGAAACCGGAAAUCAGCGUCUACCGGAUCCCACCUCGAGCAUCAAACCGGGGAUACAGGGCUUCAGACUGGAAACUGGACCAGCCAGACUGGACUGGGAGAAUGCGACUUACCUCCAAGGGGAAAGUAGCUUUUAUUAAACUGGAGGACAAAGUGUCAGGUGAACUCUUUGCUCAAGCGCCAGUGGAUCAGUUUCCUGGACUCGCAGUGGAAACAGUGACCGAUUCGAGCCGUUACUUUGUAAUCAGGAUUCAGGAUGGAAAUGGGAGAAGUGCAUUUAUUGGCAUUGGCUUUGCUGAUCGGGGAGAUGCCUUUGACUUCAAUGUUUCUCUUCAGGAUCAUUUCAAGUGGGUAAAGCAGGAGUCUGACAUGUCUAAGGAACCUCAGGGGCAAGACAAUCACCCUAAGCUGGACUUGGGGUUUAAAGAAGGCCAGACAAUCAAGCUGAAUAUUGGGAAUAUAAAGAAGAAGGAUGGCUCCUGCAAACCUCGGGGAAACGCAGGAGCUGGGGGUAUUGGGCUGCUCCCUCCCCCUCCUGGGGGUAAAAUAUCAGUACCCCCUGUUCCUGUCUCUCAUUCAGUACCUGUUGCAAAUCAUGUCACUCCUCCGCCUUUGCAGCCUGGAAAUACCUCACCAAGCCCAGACAUUCUACUAGAUCUGGGUUCGCCGGCCCCAGCACCCAAUACAGUCUCAGCCACAUCAUCGGACCUGUGGGGUGAUUUCAAUACUGCAGGCAGGUGAGAAGGCUGAUUGAAACAGUCUGUCCUCUCAAGGCCCGCAGUCCUCUAGCUGGGUUCAGUUUUAAACGCUGAUGCAAGACACUUCCCUUCUUUCUUCUGAAGAGCGGCACACUCCCUUCCCGCCAACAGACAGCAGCAGCUCCGUUCCGUGUCAUUGUGAUGUUUCCUCAUUAUUGGGCUGCGUUGGAAACGGCGGUGAUCAUGUGAUAUGCUGUCAGAGUGGCAUCUCCUCUCACUCUCUGCAACCCCUCCCCCACAUUGUUUACAGCUGUCUUACCAGUGAACCCCGCAUGUAUCCCUGCCUUUCCAUACCAAGCCUUUCUGUGUUUUCUGCAUCCUGUUUUUACCCUCUAUAUCUACACAGGUAAUUAUUUUUCCCUACUAUGGCUGUAUCUUCCCUUAUUCCUAGCCUGUGACACUACGUUUCCCUGAUGUAGAUAGACAGGUGCAUGAAUCUCCUCUCACACCCAUUGAUAUCAUUCCUUGCCCUGUGGCAUUGUUUUCCUGCCCGGGUGAUAUCCACGUUGUCCUUUGUAGAGAGGUGUAGACGGUGCUGCUGCGCACUCUGAGGUGUGUGUCCCCUCCCCUUCCUAACCCCCCCCCCCCUCCGACGUCCCCAUUUUCUUUUUGUUUUAAGUGGUUAAAUGCUGCCACAAAUGGUCUUUUUGGGAGGAUGAGACUCAGACCCUCUGGCACUGCCAUGGUUAAUGCUCCUCGUGUUUCUGUGUUUUGUCCUGUAGCCAUGAAAUGUAUUUAUUAUCUAGUGAUUCAAACGAAGGAGUAAACUGUAUAUAAUAAACAAUCUGUACCAUUA